UCCCCUCCUCCCUCCGCCCUCCUUCCCUCCCUCCCCCUCAGACACUCUCCGUUUGAAUUUCGCAGCCCUCGUGGGCUGUCAGUGCGCCUGCUCGCGCUGCUCGGGCAGCCUGAGUCCGGGCUGCGUGUGUUUGUAUGUGUGGUGUGGUGGUGUUGGCAGGCCCCCGUCAAAAUGGGUCUAAAACCAUGUGGGACGUGAAUUUUAAAAGCAAGAUUCUUCUCCCGGUUUUUUUUUCUCUGCCCUUUCUUUCUCCUCUUCUACUCGUAGAUGGUUUCGAGUGGACUUCCGGCUGACUUUUCAAAUAUGAAGGAGAUGAUUGGCGGCUGUUGCGUUUGCUCAGACGAGAGAGGCUGGGCUGAGAACCCCCUAGUUUACUGUGACGGACACGGUUGUAAUGUUGCCGUUCAUCAAGCAUGUUAUGGCAUUGUGCAAGUACCCACUGGACCGUGGUUUUGUAGAAAAUGUGAAUCGCAAGAGAGAGCCGCCCGAGUGAAAUGUGAACUUUGCCCUCAUAAGGAUGGCGCUCUCAAGAGGACUGACAACUGCGGUUGGGCCCAUGUGGUUUGUGCACUUUAUAUUCCAGAGGUGCAGUUUGCAAAUGUUACUACAAUGGAACCCAUUGUACUACAGUACGUUCCCCAUGAACGCUUCAACAAGACUUGCUACAUUUGUGAAGAACAAGGCCGUGAAAGCAAAGCAGCAACUGGUGCUUGUAUGACAUGUAAUAAACAUGGAUGUCGACAAGCUUUCCAUGUAACUUGUGCACAACUGGCAGGACUUCUAUGUGAAGAAGAAGGUUCAGAAGCUGAUAAUGUUAAAUACUGUGGCUACUGUAAAUACCAUUUUGGAAAAUUGAAGAGAGGCAACCAUUCAUCUGGUGCAAAAUACCAAGCUUUGAGUGAUUCCUCAUCGCAUUCUCGGGACAAAUCGGGUUCACUCCUGGAAAAGGAGAAAAAAAAACAGAAGGACAGAGACAAAUAUAGGCAUCAAAAAAUUAAAAAAUCUUUGGACUUGUCAUCUACAGUUCCACCUCUCACUGUGACAACUGAAAAGACUUACACAAGCACUAGCAGUGGCUUUAUAUCAGGCUCCUUGAAGAGGCUGGAAGAAACUACAGCCAGAUUUACAAAUGCAAAUUUCCAGGAAGUACCUACUCAAUCAUCAAGUGGGAAUGAUGAUGAAAUUAAAGGCUUGGAGGUCAAGGGGAAGAAAUCUGCAGGGUAUGGCUCAAGUCAGAGAGGAAGGAAGCCAGGAAAGAAUUCAGCUUGUCUUUCUGUUACAACAGCAUCAUCAAGCCCUUUUUCACAAGGGAGUCUGUUAGGAACCCCAAGUAGUGUAAAAUCAUCAGGCAGUUCAGUCCAAUCGCCACAAGAGUUUCAAAGUUUUACCGAACCGGAUGUGAUGAAUGAUGGUUACAGUCAUUCCCAGCAGCCCUUGACCAGAGAAGCAAAUAAGGGAGAAACAAUUGACCAAGAAAGGACUAUAAUUAAUGUUAGUCCUAUUGUGGGGCUCCCACCUGCAUCAUCUGGACCUCCCCAAACAAUAAAUAUUGAAAACUCAAAACACUCUGAGGAUGCUUGUGAUUACGGGACCCCUGAUACUACUGUUGGGACGUCAAGUGGAUUGCCAGGAUAUAAAAGGGUUCAAGCUUCAGUUAUGGAGGAAGAGACAAUAAAAGAAAAAAAACGAAAAGGAACUAAAAGAUAUAAACAUGGACCUGGCAGACCAAAAGGAAGUAAAAACAAAGACAGUGUUUCCCAGCCUUCCCUCUCUUCUGCAUCACCCUCAUCAUCUGUCACAUCUGCUGCAGGAAGUGGGACAAGUGCAAGUCUGCAGAAAUCGCCAUCUUUGCUCCGGAAUGGAAGUUUACAAAGCCUUAGUGUCAACUCAUCUCCAGCUGGUUCAGGAUUUUACACAAGUAAUGAUGUUCCAGUUUCAGUGCAGAAUACAGUACCAGGAUCUGGCUCCAGUACUCCACUUUCCAGUUCUAUUUUGGCUCCUCAAAGUACAGCCCAUUCUCAGCAGAUGAGCACAUCACCUUCAGUCACAAUUCCCAUUGCAACUGUGGUUUCUACAACCCAGGCAAGUGCACUACCUGGAUCAUCUUUUAAUCUUGCACCAUCUCACAUGUUUGGAAAUCAAUUAAAUCCUAAUUCAGCAAUGGCAGCUCUUAUUGCACAAUCUGAAACUAGUCCAGCCGAUCAAGAUUUAGACAAUGGCCACAGUGUUCCGGGGAGGAGCAGUUCGCCAAGAGGAAGUCUUUCACCACGAUCUCCUGUGAGUGGCUUACAGAUUCGUUACGAUCAGUCAAGUAACAGUGUCUUGGAGAACUUGCCUCCAGUUGCAUCCAGCAUAGAACAACUAUUGGAAAGGCAAUGGAAUGAAGGACAACAGUUUCUUUUUGAACAGGGCAGUCCAGGUGAAGUUAUGGGAAUGUUGAAAUCUCUGCAUCAACUUCAAGUUGAGAAUCGGCAGCUGGAGGAGCAAAUUAAGAGUUUGACAGCUAAGAAGGAACGCCUCCAACUUCUAAAUGCUCAGCUCUCGGUACCUUUUCCAGUUGUGAGUUCGAAUACCAGUUUAACAACUCAAAUCCACCCAUUCACAGUACAAGCUGUCCACAACACAACAUCCUUGAACAGCAGUAAAGGUCCUCAUCUGAGCAACAGUUUUCUGCCUGAAAGCUCACAUCCAAUGUCAAACCAGGACCGAACUUCCUGUGGACAUAGUACUGGUAGUUCUUCUCUUGCCAGUCCAACCACUACUGGACAAAGUCCAGCUCUGCAAGGGGUUAACUGUAUGUCAAGAGCACUGGCUAGUGGAAUGCAGACGAUGGCCUCCACCAUGCCCACAGUGUCUUCAGUUGGUGCAUUGAUGGGAGCUUUACCAGGAAACCAGCUGGCAGUCAAUGGAUUUGUGGGUACUUUGAAUGGAGUUGUACAGCCCCCAGUGUCAAUAACACAAAACCCAAGUCCGCUGUCACAUGCAACUGUACCACCGAAUGUAACUUUUCCAAUAUCCACCAAUCUAACUAACAGCAUGCCAGGACUGAGCUUACUUUCUGAGCAACAGAGACAACUGUUACUGCAACAACAACUUCAACAAUUGUUACCGUCCCAGCAACUUACUCCAGAACAACAUCAGGCUCUGUUUUAUCAGAUAAUGCAGCAACAGCACCACCAGCAUCAGCAUGAGCUGCAGCAGCUACAGAUCACUGGGACAGCACACAUUCCUAUGAGUAACCUACUGGCAAGUGCCCAGACACAGCCACUUCACUCAGCUCCUCCUAACUCUUUCAUAUCCAUUCAUAGUGAAGCUUCCACACCAAAAGUUGCAAGGCUCAAUGAAAAAGGUAGCCCUGUCACACAAGAGAAAAGUUGACACAGGACUUUCAAAUUCCAGAAUGUGUGUUGUGUUGUAGCAGCUCAACCAGCUGCAUAAUGGAUGAAUCUUACUGUGUCUCGUGGGAAUAAUUGUGGCAAAUACACUGGUCGUCACUCCCAUUUGAACAUAUAACCAAAAUAAACUUCCAUAAGCCAUU